AUGAGCCAGGCACCAGUGCCAGACGAAGCGUAUGCUCAAAUCGCAAAUGAGACCAGAGGUCACUAUCUCGUUGGGAUGGACCCACUCGAAUUCUUAGACAACUUUCUUCCCUGGGACGAGAACACACCAACACAUUAUCAACAACAAGUUGUAAGCGAAACUAGAGAAAACAACCUCAAAUCUGUACCGCCAGUCAAUGGCGCAAGACAUCCAGAACGUUCUAUGUAUAAGCACUAUGUCGACGCUUUGGAUGACUGGGUCACUGGAAUUGACAACAGUCAGAAAUUGCGGUUUGCGCACUUCAAAAAGCCCGAUGUUGAUUGCGCGUCAUUGAAUGUGGGCGUGUCUACGUAUUGGCAAUCAGAUUUUCCAUCCGUACCUUCGAAGGGUUCAUGCGCAUUUUCUCUUCAACAAACACACGAAGAGUUUAGAGUUGACCACACGUACGACGCAUUUGCCCAUGUUAACGAUGAAAAACCGAACACCGAGAACCCCAACGAGAACGCUACUGGUGACCAAGAUCCUUCCAACUCUGCUAGCGCUGAACUCGCCUCUCAAAAAGGUGCCGAGGAGGCAGACAAGCCCCCUAGUUCUCUCGACGUUGUUGAUGAAAUUGCAGGAGAUGCUGAAACCUUCAACGAAGAUCUCGGUGAUGUUUCUGAAGAGAGUGCUGAACACGCGCCGCCAAAGGAUUCUCAGCACGACCACGUUAACAAUGAACUACUAAACAACAAAUACCCGUUCAUGGACGUUAUUGGUUGUUGGGAUUCUUCCAUUUCUACUAGCAGUGCUAAUAGCACCGGAAAUGGGGCCGGAAAUGCAGACAAGCGUGCUAGCUCUCUCAGCGUUGUCAACAAAAAAGGAGAUUCUGAAAGCUCUGAAGAGGGUGCUAAACACGCCCCGUCAAAGGAUUCUCAGCACGAGUGGAAAGAGGAUGUCGAACAACCUCCCCUGGUCAAUACCGCCGGCACUUCCACACAAUCUGCGGGCUCUCGCGCUCUGGUCCCUGAAGUCGAGAAAGAUACACAGCGUGCGAUCCGUACGCGUGGUCAAAUUGCCGCCUAUGCUGGUGUAGCGAUGUCUAUGUCGUUCAGGUCCCAUUUCUUUUCCUUGUUGAUUCUAGGGGAAUUCGCGCGGUUCAUGCGAUGGGACCGUCGAGGCGCCGUUGUUAGCACCCGAUUCAGCUACAUCGAGCGACCAAACUUGAUCUUUGGGUUCUACCUUCGCUUUGCCGUAACCCCCUGGACUUUGUUUAAACAUCGGUCUAUGACAUAA